AUGGGUAACACAACUAGUGAUUCACUAGAUCAUAGUUUCAAACGUCUUCGUUUAUCUCACACAGAGCAAGUGUCGCUUCCAUCACCUUCUUCAACGUCUCCUAGGAGGAAAGUAACUGCAAAUUUUAUUCAACAUUUCAGCAGAACAUUUGAAAAUCGCGCAAACGAUAGUAAUGAUCGUUCACCUGUUCUUUUAUGUGAUACUACCAAUUCAUAUUCUUUAAUUGCUUCUUCAUCAUUUCAACCGCCACAGUCGGUCGUAAAACAAAAUUGCAAUGAACAAUUUAUUCUAAGCGAUAGUUAUAUUGCUGCCGUCGCAUUAUCCAAAACACCUGAUGUUGACAAUCAAGAAAUUAAUGCUGAUACUGAUGAAUUAUCUGAUGAUCAAAUAUUAAUGCUUCUUCGUUCGACAAAACAGUUCCAUGACUUAUUAGACUCGGAUAUAAUCGACUGUUUGAAACUUGCAUAUUCAAAAAAAACAUAA